CUUCUGCUCGAACGUACAGACGGAUGUGUGGGAAGGCCAAUAAGCCUCGCGAAUCCUUGACAGAUAGUCCAAAUCACCAAUUCGUGAAGUUGUGCGGCGGGAAGUCCGGAAUACGCAGCGACCAGUCAGAAGCAAGUUUAGGAGACUGAGUUCCCGCGGUGGGUUUGUGUGAGAGGACGAGGCCGGAGAUCCUGAAAGGCGGCCGAUGAUGGCGGAUUUUCUGAAGGGGUUACCAGUCUACAAUGAAAGCAACUUUAGCCGAUUUCAUGCAGACUCCGUCUGUAAAGCCUCAAACAGGCGGCCUUCAGUUUAUCUCCCUACAAGAGAAUACCCUUCAGACCAAAUCAUAGUAACAGAGAAAACAAAUAUACUUUUGCGUUACCUACACCAACAAUGGGACAAAAAGAACGCUGCCAAGAAAAGAGACCAAGACCAGUUCGAAAUAGCUGAAACGUCUGCUCCCCCGCGAAAGAUAGCACGGACGGACAGCCAAGAUAUGAAUGAGGAUACCUAGACACUAUUGACAAUGCUUCUCUGUGACCCUUCAAGUUUUCCCCCCUCCCCUUCCCUCAACGCUUCCCAUUUCUCUUCAGAUCUCAUAGGAGCCAAAAUUGUAUUUAUUUCUUCCAGAUUUUAUUUAUGCUGUGCUGCAUACAGUUCGGAGAAAGGAUGUUAAAACA